GACUCCGUUCUCUCAGGCGCCCCUCUCGCCGGUGAGUAUGUCGAUGCGGUGCCAUGUCGCCGGAGUAUGUCGACCCCUUCCUGAAGCAAGGAUUUGAUGGUACCAGGAUCCGUUGUGGCGGGUGUUUGGGCGGCUUGUUGAUCCUCGGAUCGGUCGCCUCGGCAGUUCCACUGCUCUUCGUGCCCAUUUGGCAGGAUGUCUCUUCCGAGGACCUUCUCCGGUGGAAACCGCUGCCGGGCCGACCGGCGCCUAAAGUGAGCGCCACCCUUUUCCACUUUGACUUUGAGAAGCCUGAAUGGACAGGCUCAACGGGAGAGCAGGUCCCCGGCUUCGAUUGGCUGGACUUUUGUCGAUACAAUGUGAACGACACGCUGCCGGUGGCGCAGAAACUCAUUGAGGGGACGAUCUUCAGCCCAGAACCAUUGGAGGCGGACCCGCAGGUGUGCCUUGGGGCUUCUGCUGCCUCAUGGCUCACGAUGGUCGGUGUUCUGUCCAUUGCCACGGCGGAUCUCUUCAUCCUGCUCAGCGGGCUGUGCAAGAGCAUUUUGCUCCUUUUGUUCGGUGGCUGGCUGGCCUUGCUGAGCGCCUUCGCCCUGCUCUUGGCGCUCGCGGGGCUCUUCCUGGUGGACGCCAAGCACCUGGGCACCGCGCCAGGGGUCAUUCUGCUGGGCACCUCUGUGGCGAUGGCCUUCGUGGGCACCACCAUGGCGCUCUACCAAGCGAUGCGCGCCACACCCGACCGACUCCCUAAACCCCGCCCGAAGUGGAAGGAAGAUGAUGAAGAACUCACAGAGGAAGAGGAGAAGAAGCGUGUUCAGCAGAUUCUAGUGGAAUGCUUGGACUACGACAUCCCGCGUCUGGAGAGAUAUCGAGUCUCAAUGAACAUUUUGGAAGAAUGCGCUGAAGAGGAAAUCUCCUAUGAGGAAUGGAUCAUUGAGGAGCGGCUGCGCAUGAAGACGGGCAAGUCCAGACGCGCCAUACUCACAGAGGAGGAGCUGCAAAAAGCCACCGUGGAGUUGCGCAUCCGCCGACGCCCCCACCCCGUUCUCGCCCAGUGCCUGGAAGUGAUGUUGGAAGAGGCGAAGAAGGGACGUGGUGCUGGGAUGGUUCCUGUGCCCUUGUUGGAGGAAGCGUUUCAGGGCAUCGACGUGACCUUGCGAAAUCACAUCACCACGCGAGAGCUCCUGGCAGCCCUGCGCGUUUGUGGGAUCUUCGUGGAAAGCCCAGCUGCAGAGCUCUUGUUGCACUGGCUCCACAAGCAGGAGCAGCAGGCACCGGGUCUAGGCGGUGGCGAUCCACAGAAUCUGGGCAUCAUUGAUUUGCCCAAGUUCAUCAAUCUCUUCAACCAGGUCACUGAUAUGUUGGCCAAGGAGUUUAUGUUCAAGAAGGCCUCCAGAGGGUAUCAGCUCACUUGCCGCCUAGCUUUUCUCAUGAACCUCUCCUUUCUUUGCGUGGUGUUGUUCUCCGUCACGCGGCCAGAUGCAGAUGAGUCCUGGCAGAGCUUGUUGAACGUGUUCGGCACACUCUUCGCUCUGCAGUUCUCCGCCGUCAUUGCAGUGCCGAUGCUGUGCAGUGUGCUCGGCCGCAAGGCGCGCGUGUGGCGGCAGCACUUUUGUUUGCAGCUCAUGGCCUGUUUAGCGCCCAUCUUCUGGCUUGGCGGCAAGCUUGGCGCUUGCCUUUGUCGAGUAUUGUUAUUCUUGAAGGGCUGCUGUGGGCUGUGUGAGCUCUGCUGCGGAAAGCUGCCGGACGAAGAGGCGCCCGAAGAAGCGCCCGACGCGCCGAUGCAGCAAACGAUGAGCGAGGGUGGUCGGCGAGCUUCUACCGACAAGAGUGGUCGCAGAGGCUCUACCGGGCGAAGAGGCUCUUCCGAGACUGGCAGUCGAAGAGGCUCUUUUGGCACUGGCCGAAGGGGCUCCACCGAGACUGGCAGUCGAAGAGGCUCCACCGGCACUGGCCGAAGGGGCUCUACCGGCACUGGCAGAAGAGGCUCCACUGAGACUGGCCGGAGAGGCUCCAGGGAUUCUGGCCAAAGAGGCUCCAAAGACUCUGGCCCAAAAGAUUCCAAGGAAUCGGGGCACAGAGCAUCUCCAGAUGGGCGACGAAGCUCCACCCAAAGCAGCCACAGAGGCUCUGACCUUGGCAGUGGUGGCAGUGGUGGGUACACCCUGGGGGAAGAUGACGAUUUGAUGGGCUUUCCAUCGGAGGAGUCGGAUUCGACGUUCCUCUUCUCCGAGGGCGGCGACUCGGUGUCCUCGGACGUCAUGCACGAGGUGCAGAAGUUCAGAAUGGAGCGGAAGCAGGUGCGAUCCCCGACGACACCCUUGCGCUCCGCAGGUUUGGCCUUCAAGAGCGAGGACGAGGUCUUCUCCUACCCCGUGGGGCGCCGCAAGAAGCCGCGCCGGGCUUCUUCCGACAGCCGGGCGGGUUCAGCCGCCGAGGUGGAAGAAGCCUGGACGGAAGAGGUGCCCAAGAAGAAGCGGAGGAGGAGAAGCCAGAAAGGAGGGCGCCGAGCCUCUGGAGGAGGCGGGUUCUUUCGAUCCUUGCUGGGCUCAAAGGAGGAAUUGACGGUGGUGAAAGAAAUGUCGCUGAACUCCCAACAGUCCACGGGUUCCACACGCUCGCGCCGUGGCAACUCUCCCGGGUCUCCCGGCCGGCGAAGUAGCUUGGGAUCCUUGGGAACUCAUAGCUCCAGCAGUUCGCACCGGCGAAAGGACAGUAAAGGAAGCAAAGGCAGUAAAGGGAGCCGCACAAACAGCAAAAGCAGCAGGCUGGCACAACUCGGCUCAGCUUCCCGGAGCUUCUUCCAACGACUGCUCAGCCGGCGGCGGAGCAGUGUCGAGGAGCCCAUGGGGUACGACCCGAAGACCUACGAUGCCGCGGCCUGGCGCGCGGCACAGGGGCGGAACACCUCCAGCUUCAGCCCCAUGCAAGUGCGGAACUUGCGCGCCCCCGACCUCUUGGCACCACCCAUGCUGCACGAGAUCUCCGAUCUCGGGUCCACCACGGAAGGCUGGGGCUGGAGCAAGGUCUCCUGGGGUCAAGCGACGGACUCGCAGUCGCGGAUGGUCACCAAGGACGCCAAAGACCUUCGUUCAGAGGAUGUGCCCUGAGCCCUGACGGGCAGCACCGGCCGUUCUGAGGGCGAACUGCAGCACUGGGUGACCCAUGGUGACCCAGUGAGGGUACACAUUGCAGAUGAU